AAUCCCCAGUAGUACUUCCCGAUCAGGAGGGCACACACGCACCAUUCUUCAGCGACCAUCCUCCUGAAGCCUCUCGAGAUCCUCUACCACCUAUCCAUCGAUGGCGGCUGCUACCUCCUACGCGACCCAUGCCAUGGCGAGCCCGGCGGGGCAGUGGGCUAUCCUCGCGCUUCUCUCCCUCUCUGUCAGCCUCACUGCUUUGCCCGCGGGCACUGGUUUUUCAGAAAAUCCAAAACUGAUCUGCUGCAAGAUCUACAUUUCUGAAAGCCGCAACAAGUCCGCUCUUGACGAAAUUGAUAAAGCAGCAAGGAAUGACCCUGAAAAUGUCGUGGUGCUAAGCAAGUUCGGAGAUCAUAUCUACAACCGUGUGCGCUAUACGCUUGUCUCAUAUAUUUCCACGUCCGAGUGGAUUUAUUCCAAUGAAGGCGACAUAUCAAAAUUAACUCUUAAUGUAAGUAGCCCAAUCAAGGGUGUACUGUUGGAAAUGGUAAAAGCUGCAAUAUCAUCAACCUUAAGCCUCGACUCGCACCAAGGAGAGCACCCUAGGAUUGGCAUCAUUGAUGACCUGUCUUUCCAUCCCUUGGGUGAUGCCAAGAUGGAGGAUGCUGUUUACCUGGCUAAGGACGUGGCCUCUGACAUUGCGAGUUCAAAAGUCCCAGUGUUCCUGUACUACGAAGCCCAUCCACAGCGAAAGACUCUUUCUGACGUACGGCGUGACCUUGGCUACUACAAGAAGAAUGGCACGGCCGGCCAGCGGUCAGGCGUGAUGGAACUUAAUACGACGGAGGGAAAUGAACCUGAUGUAGUUUUUCAAAAAAAUAAACCUGAUGUGUGCCCAGCAGUAGUUGAUCAGCAAAUUCUACAAAAAAAAGGUAUCACAACAGUUGGUGCCAUGCAUUUUGUUGAGGGCUAUAAUGUGCCGGUGCGGUCCGAGAAUUUCAAAAAAGUGGAGGACAUUGUGAAAAGAUUAAGAGAACAAUUAGGUGGUCGCGGUGGUGAAGGGCCCCCAAAGUUUUUAGCUUUGGCACUUCGCCAUGGGAGUUUCGUAGAGGUCGGAUGCUUGUUGGAUCCAAAUUAUCUCAGGGCCGAUCAAGUUCAGGACAAGGUCAAGCAGAUUGCAGCAGAGCAAGGACUUGAAGAUAAAGUUGAAAAGGGAUACUACACUGACAUAACCAAGGAUAUGAUUCUCUUACAUCUGUCUAAGAUAUUGUAUGAGAAUCGUAUCCUUGGUGUAUGCCAAAGUUAAAAUGGCUCCGGAAGUGAAGAACGGGAGGGCACGAAUGAGUCAGUUACUAAAGGCUGCCAAAUAACUGUUGUACGUAUGUUAAUCAUGUAUGAUACCAAUAAUCAUACGUAUAUGUAUAUGUGUAGUGUGUAUAUGUAUGCGUAUGCGUAUGCGUAUGUGUGUAUGUAGUGUGUGUAUCCAUGUGUACAUACCCAUGUAUAUAUGUAUUUGUGUAUAUACCCAAGUGUAGCUACUCCACACUAUAUUAUCUAUUGGUUGUUGGAUUUGGACGGGGAAGAAUCCAUAAAGGAUCUAACUAAA